AUGGUGUCCACUCGGCGAGGCACUGCAAACGCAGAGCCGGCCACGGCUGGUAUUGGACGGCCCAGACCGCUCCGACAGGCGAGCGACACCAUACAUAUCGUCGUUCCCAGCAUCAAGAAGGUCGUGAAAGCUCCGGACGAUCGAAGAGUGCCAGACACUCCUCCCAGAAUGGCGCUUUCCGGCAACAUUAGUGAGCAUGAUCUCAGUCUCACAUCCCCGAGUACCGGCGAAUCUCCAGUUGUACUCACCAUCACGACGCCGAAGAAACGACAAGGCUCAACUGAUCCCACCGAUCGAACAGUCUCCUCCGCCCUGCGAAGGCUCGCACCUAAGCCUUUCGCAAACAUGAGCGGCAGCAGCCACAACCCCAUCAUCGUCAACGAGGAUCCAUCCCCUCCACGGCGAGCAACGCGAGCCCCGAAGCGCAGACAGAAACACAAAAAGCUGUCGGAACCGCAUCAGUUCAUUGGCAACGGAUAUAGAGAACUAUACAGCUACGGUGUCUCCAGACCGGCAUUGGCAGCCAUGCCUGCGAACGGUAGCACAUUCACCGGGCACCAGAGCCAUGACAUCUAUCGCAUGAUGAGUGCGAAGAUCACUGCCGCGCCUGAGAUCAGUCCGAACGCAGCAUGGGGCCGACACACGCUCAAUGUACCUUUCGAGGUACAGUAUCCGCUCUCCGCGCCGGUUCUUGCGCAACACGCGCCACAACACCAACCAUCAUAUGCGCAACACUACCAUGUUCAAGUUCCUUCCAACACUUACGUCUUGCCAAUCGUUCCCUCCCAGAACGAGAACUCGCUCCGUAGGAGAGCUGUCCAUCACAUCCAAGAGUACUCACGACCUUCGCCACCGAAGAGAAAGCUCGCCGAUGCUGACCUUGCUGAAACCAGCGAUGAUGAAGCUAGAGAACACCAGCGGCAUGCUCGACCGCAAUCGAGCCGUCCAACUACUCAAACAAAUGCCACACCUACAUCCAGGGUACGCAACGUUGACCAACACAGGAAUCACACGCCAACGGUACAUCGCGACCCAGAUCCCAACCUCCUCGUCAGUCACCUCAUUGAGCACACCUCACUUAUCACAUCCUUACUACAAGUCUAUCCUCACUGUACAGACAAGAAGGGUCUACAAAACGAUAUAUCGAUGAUGGUUCAGAUUCAAAAUCAAUAUAUGAGCGCUUGGAUGAAGACUGAAUCACAGAGCUCGCGCAAGAGAACAAAGAACAACGGUGAUGGUGCUGUCAGUCUGGCGACCCACCCACAGCCCAGCAUAACUCCUGCGAUGAAGGAUCAGAAUGAGAAGGACCAUUCAGUGCGUCAGGCUCUUUCUGCUGAUGCCGACAUGUGGCAAGAUGGUACGGGGCAUGGUGUUGCGGAUGCGUUUGCGGCGGUACCUGCUUCUUCGCCCGUAGCAAAUAGCUCUGAUGAAAAGAUGGUCGCUCCCGAGAGUAUGCUUUCAAGUGCGGCAAAGAAACGCCAGCAUACCCAGAAAAAGAUUAUCGCCAAAGACGCCGUCUUCAAAACCCCACAACAGUCGAUCUCGGAUCCGGGAGCAACGUCGACCAGGCACAAGGGUAUUCUCGUUACACCUAUUCGACAGGAAGCACCACAGACACCUGAACAGUUGUCGACGGGGGCCAAGGACAUCCCCGCGACUAUAAGCUACACGAGUCACCCAUACGCUCCUUCCAAAGACCUGAAAACUCCCACAAAACUGCCUCCCCGCUCUGCCAGCUCUCCAGUCACACCAACCACCAAGGAUGACGCUUCAUCUCAACAUGGCAACGGCAAGCAUUCUUCUUCCCGCAGCAAGCGCAGCGCCCCUAUACGACCUGCCCUCAGCUCUGAGGUCGGCAAACUCCAAGUCCCCGGUAAUGGCGACGCUUCAAGCAGCUUUCACAGUGAAAGCUCGAGCGACUUUGGUACCCGAAGACCGGUCUUUCGCUUUGAACGACGUGUUGUUGAUGAGGGAGGGGAAGUUGAAGCGAAUGAUGUUCCGACAUAA